AUGCACGAUUGCGGCCUUAACAUUCCUGAUCAACUAUGCAGAAACUAUUGGCAGCAUUUGGAUGAUGUGAACGAUGAGGUCGCUGUGUCCUCACGCCAGUUGAGGCGCUUGGCUGACCAGGAGGUAUGGCCAAUUGGAAUUCACGGAGAUGAAGCAAACAUUGGCUUAGUGAACGCUCCCUUUGACAAGAUUCUCGGAGUAUUUAUGAAUGUGCCUCUGUUUAGGCCUCGAUCGACAUUGGUUUCCAGAUAUUUACUCUUCAGUGUGGAACAUUCGAGAAUUGUGGAUGUCCACCGGACGAUCAAUCCUGUGUUGACUGAGAUAGUUGCGUCGCUCAACCGCUGCUUAGAAACUGGUAUUCUUGGAAGACGAUUCAUUGUCACCGAACUUCGAGGCGAUCAGGUAUGGAUAAAGUUUCUGUUCCAACACCGGAGCUCCUGGCAAGGUGUACCAGUUUGCUUCAGAUGCCAGGCCUCGACCAGGGCAACCGAUGUGAACUAUUUGUUCUAUGACAAGUGGCUGCCGACGCUUCGAUCUACGAUGGAUUUCCUAGUGGAGGAGUUGCCAGACCAAAUGAGCCCACUCACUCAGCUUCAUUUCUUCUCGAUGAACAGCAUCAAACCAUGCACAUUGCAUAUACUGAAUUUGGGUCUAUUACAUAUAUCCAAUGGGUCAACCAUGGCCAUGCUGCUCCACAUGCACUAUUUUGGAGAAGUUGUUCGUGGAAGUGAUCCCAAUGGAUACCGGUCUGCUUGUGAGGAGGCCUACCGUGACUUUCAGAACUGGAGGCGUACCCAUAAAGUUGUCUGCUGCGUGAAACGGUUCAGCUUUUGGUCCGUGUUCAAGGAUGAAUAUGGAGCCUAUAUGAACACCAAGGGCUAUGCAGCUCGGGUGUUGAGCAGUUGGCUCGAGGAUUGUUUGGACAGGGCUGUGUCUACUCCCCCACCUCACAUGAAGGCUGACGAUCGGCUCAUUUACACACAAGCGGCCCUGAAAGGUGUGAACCGUUUCUUCGGCUUGGUCGAGC